AGAGGGCAACACCAGCGGGUUAAAAACGUCAUCCCCUCAGAGCGCAAGUCCCUAGAAAAACUUCCUUUUUCUGCCCAAAUGUUCAGAUCCGGGACAAUCACACGGUCUGGUGGACUCUUCUCAGCCAUCGCCAAACAGUCCAAGUUGAUAAAUAUCAAGCCAGUGAAUCGAAUCACCUUCACAUUUGAUCCAUUCAGUGAAAAAUCCACAGAACUGAGGAGGUUCCUCUUUCAGUAUUCCUUUGCCAGGGUAAAAGCUACGAAUAUCAAUUGCAAGUAUAAGACCAAUAUUGUGUGUGAUGGCUCACCUCCGGAAGUGCUCUUUGAAUUGACCAAACCGUCCGGAGAGAAGGAAAAACUGAGGGUUCUGUGUGAGAAUCUCACGUGCCUAGAAAUCCUUCAGCUCACAAAUAAGCACAUAGCGCAAUAUAUUGUGGAACCGGAAGAACCCACGAAGGUGGCAGUGACUAAAUCAGCCAAAGCAGGAAAGGUUCAGGCAAAGAAACGAUGAAGAAGGGCCAUUUGGACAUGAUUGAGAGGGUUUACAAUGAUUUCCCUGCCUUCUCGGAUAUCUUCACCGAAGAGACUUUCUACAUCUUUGCAUUUUGCUUCGUUCUCUUCACCAUCCUUGUGGCCUUUAUCCUGUCCAGGUUCAUCACUCUGAAGCCCAUGGAUUAGAUUCAUUUAUUAGAGAAUAAUCUUCAAUAGCUCCCCAUGUGAAUAAAAUGUUGCAAAAAUUGCUUUAA